GUUAUAAGCCUGAUGAUGACAGGAAAUGCACUAGGCAGAUUUUCAUGGAAAAGUCAAAGUUGACAGGUUGUUUUACCAAGGAAAAUCUUGAGUUCCAAAGGAAAAUUCUUGAGAGAUCGGGACUUGGUGAGUCGACUUAUCUCCCUGAGGCUGUAUUAAGGGUGCCACCGAAUCCGUGCAUGGCGGAAGCAAGAAAAGAGGCAGAAGCUGUAAUGUUUGGUGCCAUUGAUGAACUUCUUGCAAAAACUUCUCUGAAGCCAAAGGACAUUGGGAUUUUGAUUGUGAAUUGCAGCCUGUUUAAUCCUACUCCUUCUUUAUCUGCUAUGGUUAUUAACCAUUACAAAUUGAGGGGAAACAUAAUUAGUUACAAUUUAGGUGGAAUGGGUUGUAGUGCUGGUUUGAUCUCAAUUGAUCUUGCUAAAAAUCUCCUACAGGUUCAUCCCAAUACUUACGCUUUGGUAGUCAGUAUGGAGAAUAUUACCCUGAAUUGGUAUUUUGGGAAUGAGAGGUCAAUGCUCGUUUCAAAUUGCCUGUUUCGAAUGGGAGGGGCUGCAAUUUUGCUCUCUAACAGAGGAUCGGACCGUUGGCGAUCCAAGUACAGAUUGGUGCACACUGUCAGAACCAACAAAGGCGCUGAUGACAAAUGCUUUUCUUGUGUUACACAAAUGGAGGAUUCCGACGGGAAAAUUGGAGUCGCUCUGUCGAAGGAUUUGAUGGCGGUGGCCGGUGAUGCUUUGAAGACGAACAUUACGACCUUGGGUCCUCUCGUGCUUCCGAUGUCCGAGCAGUUGCUUUUCUUUGCAACAUUGGUCGCAAGAAAGCUGUUUAGAAGGAAGCUCAAGCCUUACAUCCCAGAUUUUAAAUUAGCUUUUGAGCAUUUUUGCAUUCAUGCUGGUGGAAGAGCUGUGUUGGAUGAAUUGGAAAAAAAUCUACAGCUAUCCAAUUGGCACAUGGAACCUUCUCGAAUGACUCUAUAUCGAUUUGGCAACACCUCGAGCAGCUCUCUUUGGUAUGAAUUGGCAUAUUCUGAAGCCAAAGGGAGGAUUAAGAGGGGAGACAGGACCUGGCAAAUUGCCUUUGGAUCUGGGUUCAAGUGUAAUAGUGCAGUGUGGAAAGCUCUUAGGACCAUAAAUCCGGCAAAGGAGAAAAACCCAUGGAUUGAUGAAAUCGACCAAUUCCCUGUGGAGGUUCCAAAAGUCUCGACUAUCUAAUACGUCGUGCCAGAGCUUUCCCUUUUCAGUAGCCACAUUUUGGUAUGAUUUACGAGUAACGAAUAGUUAGUUCUCUUAUUUGUUCGACAUGCAUUUGGCUUAUCAGGCUUUUAUAAGCAUUUCUGAAUGCAAAAUGCACUUGAAUCGUGGAGUUUCUAGUUCCCCAUUUGGAAGCUAGUCAGUUACUGAAUUAAAUUUGUUGUCAUUCCAAUAGGCAGUAGCCAUUCUUUUUUUCCAAAGAAAAAAAAUGAGGGAUGUGUUUGACCUUGGAUCAUAUUUGAUGCUGGAUGUGUGUUAAAUGAUCUCACUGCAAGUUUCUAAUUAGUAUUUAUUGAAGAAUGUCUAUUGGGUUAUUCACUA